UGAGGAAAACAAAGAUGGGAAAAUCUAGGUCAUCAAUGACCUACCUAGUAGUAGCAAUUUUGGUGGCAACUUUGAGUUCGACAUCAGUGAUCACUGCUGAUUAUGUCUAUUCUUCUCCACCACCUCCAUACUAUGUUUACAAAUCUCCGGUCUAUCAGUCUCCUCCGCCACCAAAAGUAAAGUAUGAGUACAAAUCACCACCACCUUCAGUUUAUUACGCUCCUCCACCUCCAGUUUACCACUCACCAUCGCCUCCUGUUUACCAUUCUCCACCUCCUCCAGUUUACCACUCACCAUCGCCUCCUGUUUACCAUUCUCCUCCACCUCCUGUUUAUCACUCCCCACCACCUCCGGUUUAUUACUCUCCACCCCCACCAAAGAAGCAAGAGUAUAAAUCACCACCUCCUCCUGUUUAUUACUCUCCUCCUCCACCUGUGUACCACUCUCCUCCACCUCCUGUUUAUCAUUCUCCUCCCCCACCUGUUUAUCAUUCCCCACCACCUCCAGUUUAUUAUUCUCCACCACCACCAAAGAAGCAAGAGUACAAAUCACCACCACCUCCUGUUUAUUACUCUCCUCCUCCACCUAUAUAUCAUUCUCCUCCACCACCAGUUUAUAAGUCACCGCCACCUCCAGUUUACCCUUCUCCUCCCCCACCUGUUUAUCACUCCCCACCACCACCAGUUUAUUAUUCUCCACCCCCUCCAAAGAAGCAGGAGUAUAAAUCACCACCACCUCCUGUUUAUUAUUCUCCCCCUCCACCUGUAUAUCACUCUCCUCCACCACCAGUUUACAAGUCACCACCACCUCCAGUUUAUCAUUCUCCUCUCCCUCCUGUUUAUCACUCUCCACCACCUCCCGUUUAUUAUUCUCCACCCCCACCAAAGAGGGAAUAUAAAUCACCUCCUCCUCCAACUCAUUACUCUCCUCCACCUCCAGUUUACCACUCUCCACCACCACCUGCGAAGGAUUACGAGUACAAGUCUCCACCACCACCUAAGAAGGAUUAUGAAUACAAGUCUCCACCACCACCGAAAAAGGAUUACGAAUAUAAAUCCCCACCACCUUCUCACCACUAUUAGAUCUACGAACAUUUUACGAUUCCAUUGAGGGAAACAAAGAGAAUAUCAACAUCAAAUAAAAGUGAUAUGGUCUAAUGAAGAUUGUUACUACGUAUAAAUCAUGGCCUCUAAUUAUUUAUUUCGUGUG